AUGGCUACCAGCCGUGAAGAGCGUAUGCAACAGCGCAUGCGUGGAGCUGGACGUCACGAAGUUGCCGAUGAUUCUUUUGGUUUUAUCCUUCCGGGUGCCGAAGCUUCCUCGGACCCUGCUUCGGAUCCCCCUCCGCCUUCGUCCGUAGCACGAUCGGAACCUAAUACCUCUGCGAAGCGACGCCGACUAAACCCUGAUGCCGAUUUGACGAGCUCGCAACCACCCUCCAGUGCGCUAAGAGCCUCGAGAAGAACAUCGGCACGGUUGAGUGGGUCAAGAGCUGAUCCUUAUGCCGUCGUUGAACAAGAAAGUCCCGAGGAUGCAUCAGGACCUUUAGCAGCUCUAAGUCUGGAGCAUCAGGAACCACAGAAUGAAGAUGAAACUCUGGAGUCUAUGGACGCUGUUAUACAGCGUCCUGAAUCGCGUGGAUCCGUAGCUUCUCGAUUGUCUCAAGGGCACGUUGCAGAAGAGGUUACUGAAAGUCCUGCUGAAGCUCCGGGAAGUGGACAUAGACGUUCGGUUAGAGUUCUUCCCGAGAGUGUCACUCGGAGUGCGAAACUAUUGAAAGCUGUGACAGACGAAGAAGCCGGAGCUACGGGCGAGUUCACUUAUUCUUCACCUCUAGCACGAAAAAGCAGGGCUAGUGCUGCCACUUUGGGCGCUGCUUCGGCGCGAUCAACACGAACAGUAACGAGAGCAUUAGGGGGUCUGGACAUUGGUGAUAUUGAGGAACUAUCGCCAGCGCAAAGAAGUGAGGCCACGGCAAUUCCCGGGUCUACACGAUCUACGCGAAGCCAAGUUAGACUAGCUACCCCUAGUAUAGUAGAUGAAUUGUCUUCAUCUCCCCAGGCGGCAGGUACUGCUAGUCCCAGGAAACCUCAGCCGAGGGCGAAACCUAAGCCUAUAGCUGAACUGCCUGAAAUUCAAAUUCAAGCAGUUGAAGAGGAAACUCGAGAGGAAGAAGUUGUGGCUGAUGAAGAGGAGGCUGAAGCAGUUGACGUCCAGACGGCCGCUCGGAAAAUUGGUCGAAAGCGCCCACGGGAGAGUCCACCUCGAGAAGCAUCUCCAGAACUACAUUCCAGAGUUGAGGACAAUCGACCAACAAAGAAAGUCAGACAGAAAAAGGUGCGAGGUAGCCCAGCGGUGCAGUCGCACCCUAAACCCCCUAAGAAAAAGAAUAAGCUACCUCCGAAAAGACGGAGUGAUGGCGAAGCAAUUCCCAUCAUUGUGCAGAGAUACACGAAGCGAAUGCAUUUGAAUGAAGAUGACACUAAUGGUGACAUUCUCAAUGCUGAUAUACCAUUUUCUAAUCGUGGCGGCGUCAACGUGAUAGACGUCUUGUCGCAAGUAUGUGACGAAGUCGUCGAGUCCAGUCUGGAGACGCUUCACGAGGCCGCUGUUAAUGCGAAGAACUCGGCUACGAAAAAAGAGUUUAGGACGAAACUCCGAGCUCUGGAGGCAUUUAAAGAAGAACUACGAACACGCCUUUUGGAACACACUAUUGCCCUUGACACCAUGCAUGCGCUUAAGAAGCGUGUGCGAUCGGUCCAGAAGGACAAGCUUACACUCCGAACCGAGAUAAUGCGUAUCCGUGCCGAGAGAGAGCAAGUAGCUCUGAAGAUGGAUGCGGUAAGAAUGCGCCAUGAGACGGCGAGCAAGGAAACACUGCAUCAACUAGAACUCUCCUCUGCAAUGGAUGACAUUGAAUUGGCUAUCGAAAAUGGGAAAUCGGCCCCAGAUCUUAACCCAAAGGAAAAGAAAGCAGCCGAGCUUUCGAAUCUAGAACUGUUGAUUUCUAGAGUGGCUAGCCAAGCCAGCGGUGGCAGUGAUAGUGGUGGAAGUCUCAAACAAAUCAAGGACUUCAAUGCCUUCCUCGAGCGCACUGCCGCUGCUCUCGAGGGAAGAUGA